UCAGCAUGAGGGGAGGAGGUGUGGCCACCCCCUGACUAUCGGGGCAGCUGCAUCUCUCUUCCUCCCGGUCACUGUACAGAGACGCCUGAGAACAGAACGUACAAUUUAUCGGAGGUCAAAAACAAACCCGAAACAUUUCCUUCACUGAGUGUUAUAAAUAGUCUGAUCCAAAAGUCCAGAUCCAAAAUCACAUAGUAAAUACAGUAUAAACCAGGAACCAGAAAGUGUGUGAAAAAUUAAAAAAAACAGGGAUUCAAUAUCACAUAAAGACCCAGGUCUCUCAGAUUCAGAACACAUAUCGGGCGGCGGAGAUUCUACCAACACAGAAACAUACGUAGAAGAUCUCACAGACAUGUCUUCUCCUGAAGAUGGAAAUCUCCCAAGCUCUGAUAUAGAAAAGUCAUGUGGAGAUGAAAAUCCUACAGAUUCGGACACGGAAUGGUCAUAUGAAGGUGGAAGUCCCACAGCAUCAGAUGGAGAGUCUUCUGAAGAAGGAAACCCCCGAGAGGCUGCUACCAAAGACACAUCAGUAACUAAGCAGAGAAAGAGGACUGCUGCUACAGCAAGACCGGGCACAGAGAGAGGGUACGCGUGUCCUGACUGUGAUGUAAGAUUUCCUAGCAACUCCGACCUUGUCAGACAUAAGCAGAGUCACAGAGCCGGAGGUGCAAAUAAGUGUAGUCACUGCGGGAAAUGCUUUGAUUCAAAAACAAAGCUGACUGCACAUGAGCGAUACCACAACAAAAAGAUGAAAUGCCCUGAAUGUGGGAGAUGUUUUCCCAGAAAGGCCCAGCUGCUAAGACAUCAGAGAUCCCACACAGGUGAGAAGCCUUACUCAUGUGCGGAAUGUGGGAAACUGUUUACUAGUAAUCAGACAUUGGUGGAGCAUGGAAGAAGUCACACAGGAGAGAAGCCAUUUCCAUGUUCUGAGUGUGGGAAGUGUUUUACCAGUAAAAAAUCCCUCACGAGACAUCAUGCAUAUCACACUGGGAAAAAUCUGUUUUCAUGUUCUGAGUGUGGAAAAACAUUUAAUCACAGACCAAACCUUGACAAACAUGUAAGAACUCAUACAGGUGAGAAGCCGUUUCCAUGCUCUGAGUGUGAGCAUCGCUUCUCCAGCCGUCCUCAGCUUUUAGUACAUCAAGCAGUUCAUACUGGUAACACAAUUAUAUGCUCAGAAUGUGGAAAAUCAUUUCCUUCACGGUCACAUCUUUGUGCGCACAGAAAAACUCACACAGGCGAGAAGCCGUAUUCAUGCUCUGAAUGUGGGAAGUCCUUCAGUAUUACAUCAAAUCUCAUUCGGCAUGAGAGGUCUCACACUGGAGAGAAACCAUUUGAGUGUUCGGAGUGCAAGAAGGCUUUCCACUGUAUGUCCCAUCUUAACCGGCAUAAAAAGACCCACACUGGUGAGAAACCGUACUCAUGUCCUGAGUGUGGGAAAUGUUUUACAGACAACUCAAGUCUCCUACGUCACAAAUUAAUCCACACUGGAGAGAAACCGGUUUCUUGUUCUGAGUGUGGAAAAUGCUUCCACGAUCAGGGAAGUUUACGUCAGCACCAGAAAACGCACAUAGGGCACAAACCUUACUUGUGUUUAGAGUGCGGGAAUUAUUUUGCCAAUAAAUACAUCCUUCAAUCACACCAAACGAUUCACACGGGGGAAAAGCCGUUCCCAUGUUCUGAGUGUGGUCAAAGCUUCCGACUGAAGUGCUUGGUCGAGGCUCACAUGAAGACUCACUCGGGAGAGGAGGAGCUUGAGUGAUCUUAUUAAUGGUGGGACUUUUAAUAGAUGUGACCAUUGGACUGAAUAACAUUAACUCACUUUAUUACAUAAGUCUCAUUGGAAAACACCCAGAUGUUUCUGGCUCUCUGAUUACCUGGAUAUUUCUAUGGACUUGCAGAAGAAGAUCAACAGCCACAGCGGUCUGUUCCAGGCUACAUGAUUAUAACCCAACAAAUGGCAUGCUAUUUCCACUAACCGAAGUUAUCUUCUGGCUCUAGAACAGAGGUUCUCAAACUCGGUCCUCGGGAGCCCACACAGUGCAUGUUUUGCAGGUAACCCAGCAGGUGCACAGGUGUAUUAAAUACUCACUGACACAUUUUAAAAGGUCCACAGGUAGAGCUAACUAUUUCACUUGGGAUUUUGUGAGGAGACCUGCAAAACAUGCACCGUGUGGGGUCCUGAGGACCGAGUUUGAGAACCUCUGCUAUAGAAUCUACCAGCAUGAUGGGAUUUUACUGUUCAUGAAAAUCUUUAUAAGGUUUUCUUGGUUCAUCAUCAAUAUCUCUACGGUCCUCUUAGGAACACAUUUGGUUUUAGUUUGUUCCUUCACUUAUUUUAGAAAUAUACUGUAUAGAAUAAUCACAUUAUCAUGUCCAUUUCCUAGUAAAAUGACCACUGAUGCUUAUCUGAUACUGGAACCAUUAGUAGAGUCAGAAGACAUCGGGACUCAAGGGUUUUGGUGGGUCAUUACUACACCAAAUGAAAUCUAUUGAAAAGGAGUUCGUAUUUUCCAAAAUCUGUAUAAUUUAUAUAUUAUCAGGUAUGUCUAUCCUGUCCUCCUCUUCUCUCAUAGCCAUGUGUCUAACUGCUCCUUUGCAACCCCACCUGAUGACCCAAUACAAAUCCAAACUUUGGGGCAGAUGUAUGAACCUGGAGAAGGCAUAAGGAAGUGAUAAACCAGUGAUA